UCUCUCUCUCUCUCUCUCUCUCUCUCUUAUUCCAAGGCACAAGAGUUCUCCACAGGCCGUUGUUGCUGCUCUUUCUUUCGUCAAUUUUCUCUGUAAAUCCUCCGUUUCUGUUCUCCUUCCUCCUUGUGUUGUCCCUAUAAACCCCCAGCUGCAAAUUCCCACCAUUUUCUUGGUGCUUCAUCAAUUGACUUCACGUACACUAAAAGAAGAACAAAAGGGGGAAAAAACAGAAAUCUGACAGUCCAAAUCUGGUCCAAACCACCAAAAGUUUGCCACUCUUUUACUGUUUGUCUUCUUCUUCUUGCACGAAUAUAUCAACCCCCCCCCCCCCUCUCUCUGUUAGUGCCCUCUUUACAGCACAUUUAUUUUCUCCGAAUCCCUUUGAUUUUUUUCGGUAAAUUCGAGAACGAAUCUUGUUUCCUAGGUGGGUUUUCUCGAUAUUUUUCUUGCGGGGGUGGGGGUGCUUUACUUCUUUCUCCUUUUGGCCAUGGAAGCUUGCUCCGAUCUUCAGGUCGACGUCAAUGGAGAAGAAACUAUCUUUCUCAGUAAGUUUAAGUUGAGAGAGAUCUCUGAGUUGAAAAUCCCAAUAAAUGAGAGUACAAGUGUGUUGCAGAAGAAUACCAGAUGUUGCCAUCACCAUUUAUUGCAAUCUGGUUUUCUUACCUUUCGUUUUGUCGCCUUUUCCUGGAAAUCGACAAACUCCGCCUAUUCAGAGAGAGAAACACACAAGAUUUGGAUCAUGGUGAUGACACCUAAUAAGAAAAUCAUCUGUGAAUAUUCUGGAAAGUUCAAAAAACUUCUGGGGAAAUCUAACUGUUCCGAAAGAAAUCUCAAGGUGAUAUUCAACGAUUUUCCGGGUGGAGCGGAAAGUUUCGAGCUUGUCUCGAGAUUCUGUUACAACAACGGCAGGUUCAGCGUGACACCGUCCAACGUUGUUCUCUUGCAUUGCGCUGCUAAGUUCAUGGAAGUUCCUGAUUUGUUGGAACAGACGGAGAAAUCGAUGGACGAGAUUCGGUUCUGGACUUGGCCGGACCUUCUCGCCGCUCUGAAACAGUGUCAAGAUCUAAAGAAAUCACCAGAAUCCGACCCUCUGGCCGCAAAGUUCAUGGAUUCUCUGGUCGGAAAACUGAACUUAACAGUUGAAGCAAGUCCCUCUAGUGCUUCUGCUUCUUCCCCAGACAGCAGCCUGUUCCGGUUUUCCUGUGACAGUAAAAGCACCGAGAGUUUCAAGAACAGUUCAGCCAGGGGAACAUGGUGGUUCGACGAGCUUCUGGUCUUGGGUCCAGAUCUGUUCGAAACCCUAGUGAAGAUUAUGGUAUCCCAUAAAUUCGAUCACUUCAUCAUAACCAGGUUCCUGCUCUAUUACCAGAAGGCGAAGUUCUGUUCUGCUAAUUUAGACGAGAAACGGAAGAUUCUAGAAACAACCCUCGAUACCCUUUACGUUCUAGAUCGAAGCUGCGUUUCCUGCAAGACCCUUUUCGGGAUUCUACGCAUUGCUCUUGGAUUGAAGAACAAUAUCGAAAGCAGCAGCAUGAUGAGCAAGCUGGAGAAUAUGAUCGGUAACCAGUUGGAUCAAGCCACAUUGGACAAUCUUCUUGUCCCAUCUCCUUACAGAUCAAACCAAUCUUAUAAUGUGAAUCUCAUUCUUAGAUUCACAAAAUCAUUUCUCGACAGCAUCACUGGAGGAUUUCACGUUCAACCACAGACCGAACGGUUAAAGAAAGUCUCCAACUUGAUCGAUCUGUACAUAGCUGAAGUAGCUCCUGAUCCAUGUCUGAAACCUUCAAAGUUUCUUGCCCUCGUCACUGCCAUACCGGAUUCCGCCCGUGAAUCUCACGACGAAAUCUACCGUGCCAUCGAUAUGUAUCUCGAGGCUCACAUCGGAUUAACUGAAAGCGAAAAGCUCAAGAUUAUCCGAAGGUUAAGCUACGAGAAGCUCUCGAGCGAAUCCCGGGCUCAUAUUUCCCACAACAGGAAGUUUCCUGCAGCCGAGAGGGUCAUAUCUCAAAAACUGAAGCUCAAAACAUCAACAGAUGAUUCACCGGGCGAAGCACUCAACCUCAGGUUAGAAAAAAUGGAGAUUUCGGGCGAAAACGAGAAGCUGAAGGAACAUCUACAAGGGAUUCAAUGGAGAGUAAUGGAACUGGAGAGAGCUUGUCGGAAAAUGCAGAAUCAGAUGGAGAUUAUGAAGAAGAUAUCAAAAAGUACACGCAGAGGAAACACAAGAUCGCUGCCAAAACUAUGUUCCUGAACUGUCUUUGUCUGUUUUCUUUUUUUUGUACAUAGAGCAAGAAGGGAAGUAUAUCUGUAGAUUUUUUUUCUAGCGAAAAGAUUCAGCUUUUGAUU